UUUUUUCGUUCCUUCCGACAUCAAUCAAGCCAGCGGCAGCUCGAUUUUUUUGUAUGAACAUCAACGCUCAAACUUCAACUUGCUCCCACGACAGCCAGCAGGCCAUCUCGUCCCAGGAAUAUCUUGUCUGCCGCGCCAGACUAUCUCCUCUCCUGGUCAAUUCCCUUGCUCGACACAGGUCAUCCCCCCCGUGCUCAUUCAAGGAAGGAUCAUCAUCCAACACACCACCACACCACGGCUCCUUCUCUGCUUGUAAAUGAUGGGCAACAGCAACGGGAACUGCAGCCGAUGCCUCUCCUUCACCGUUGCAAUACGAUACGGGCAUAGUGGGGGCGAACGUCGUUGGUGCAUAUCAACGUUAGAACUAUGGCCGCCGCGUCUUCAGCUGUUAGAGUUUCGGAGAACUUCGGGCUAUCCAUCGUCGGAAGUCGUUUGGCCAGCUCCCCUCUCCUUCACCGUUGCCUUAAGCCACGGGCAUCAUUGGGCCCAACGUCGUUGGUACAUAUCAACGUUAGAACUAUGGCCGUCGAGUCUUCAGCUGCUACAGUUUGAGAGUACUUUCGACUAUCCGUUGUCGGGAGGCCUUUGGCCAGAUUCCCUCGUUCGCGCGAAGCGUGGUCAUCAGCGUUCUAGGGUAAGGCACGCCUUGCUCACAGGGAUGCUGAUUUGUACACAGAACCCCGGGUGGGAGCGUAUGUUGUCGUUUGUGUAAUGUACCGUUUUAAUACGUAUUCCCGAGCAGCCCUCAAGCUACCUACCCAAACAUUAGGUGGUUACUUCGUGGAUGUGGCAAGAAUAAUAGGCGCUGCACCAGUUCUAUGGAUUGGAUCUCUUAGUCUUCAGAGCCCUCCCGUUGGGCGUUGUCUCAUAUAGUGACGGUUUCUUGCUGAAU